GCAAUUCAUAAUGAAUUGAAUGCAUGAAUGAAUUGAUUGUCGGAUUUGAUUGAAAUGAUGGAAACGUCGACUGAAUUGGCGUUAAAUGCCAUUAAAAAGCAAUUUUGUAAAUACAAGGCAUUCCUUAAACACAACCCUUUGGUUGUCUCCGAAAUAGAGUCCGCUUUGCGUUGGAUUUCAUAUCUAAUUACAGCAACAAAACUGAAUAACAAUCACGUAAUCUCUGAGUUGUUGUAUUCCUGCUCUUCAUUGCUCUCCCUAUUCAAUGACACACUUCUUCGCAAGUCUUUCAAUAUUAAGAUCAAUGCCAACCCGAUUGUCGAGAAUCUUGAGUUAGUGUUGACUUUCGUUGAAUACAUUCAAGUCUUCUCGGAGUUGACGGCAUAUCGUGUCUACGGAUCGAUCGGCAAAUGGAUUAUCGUAUCUGUCAUUCAGAUCGCGAAAGUUGUGAUACGUUUAGUACUGCUAUUAAAGUACAAUCGGGGGCUUCAAUGCCAUCAACUCAUACCACCAUUGGAUCGAACCCGCGAUCUGUCAGUCGUUGCUGAGAACGGUUCUAAUGGUUUGAACGCGUGUUCGUCGACAGAUGUCAGCGAAGAGGACAUCAAGUUAUCGACAUUUAAGCUCAAACGGACGGGUCGUGUAUUGCGAACCAUAGAGAAGGCACCGCCGCGUCCGCAGAGGACAUGGCUCUCACCUCAAGAGAACUUCAAUAUAAAACGGAUAUUAGAUAAACAAAAGCGAACAGCACUUCCGUCUGACUUAUCAGAAAUGCAGACAAUCGGCGAAAUAUUGCAUAUCAUGCGACCGGUGGCCCACUUGACAGCAUUGGCUGGUUUUGGUGUGGGCUCGUGGGCGCCAUAUCUGGUGUCUGCGGGUCUGGAUGUGGCCAGUCUUCGCCUCUUAAGUGAUCCGCCGAACAAACUCUGGAAUUUUAACGAAAGGAUAGAAUUAAGUCAAAGAACUUUCAAUUUAUUGUUAUAUCUGUUGAGAUCUCCUUUUUAUGACAAUUACACCAAAGAGAAGAUCCUAACGAUUAUGAGUUUUAUGGCGAAUCACAUCCCACUCUUCGGACGACUCAUACGACCACUCAUUGAAUAUCUGCCCGAAUGGCAGAAAACAUAUUUCUAUGUCUGGAAUGUUUAGUAACUUUUUUAAAUGAAUACUUCAUCAAUGAAUGAUAAAUUAAUUUUUUAUUUUUGGAAAUCAAUGUGUUUUUUGUUAUAAAUUAAUACUUAAUAUUAUACCCG